AUGUCGGAGAAGGUGCUCACGCGGUUGUGUCAGGAGCUCUGGGUGUUUCUUGGCACGCAGCCCGGGCUGUCACAUGCUAUGCAGGGUUGCAGACAGAUGAAAUUGCUUCCGUUCACAAUCUCAGACAUUUCCUUGAGCAAACUAAGCAUCAUCUACCCUCCAGAUUAUUUGAACAACCUGGCUGCAAGGUUGAUCAGCCAUGGCGGCUCCAGCGCUAGCGCACCUCUAUACGAACACGCAUCUCCAGAGUCCCUAGCCCUCCUCUUCUUCCUCUUCCUCGUCGCCGUGCACUUGGCAACACCAAGGUCCAGAACAGAGAACCUGCUCCGGAAGCUACCGUCGCCUCCGUUCAAGCUCCCGAUCAUCGGCCACCUCCACCUCAUCGGAUCCCUUCCCCACCACUCCCUCCGCGACCUCGCCAAGAAGCACGGGCCCGACGUGAUGCUCCUCCGCCUCGGCGCCGUGCCAACGCUCGUCGUCUCCUCCCCCCGCGCCGCCAAGGCUGUCCUGCGCACGCACGACCACGUCAUCGCCUCCCGACCGCACUCCGUGGUCGCUGACAUCCUCUUCUACGGCUCCACUGACGUUAGCUUCACGCCUUACGGCGAGUAUUGGCGCCGAGCCAGGAAGGUCAUCACCACCCACCUCCUCACCGCAGCGAAGGUCCGGUCAUACCGCGCCGCCCGCGAGCAGGAGGUCCGGCUGGUCUUAGCCAGGGUGAGGGCCGCCGCCGCCGCGGGCACGGCGAUCGACGUCAGCGAAAUCUUGGGCUUCUUCGCCAAUGACAUUGUGUGCCAGGCCAUGACGGGCAGGCUCCCCAGGGAACAAGGCCGGAACCAGCUCUUCCGGGAGCUGCUAGAGACGAACACCAAGCUCCUGGGAGGAUUCAACCUGGAUGACUACUUCCCGAGCUUGGCAAGGUUUGAUUUGGUGUCGGCCAAGGCCGUGAAGCACAUGAAGAGAUGGGAUGACCUUUUGGACAGCCUCAUCGACAAGCACAAGAGCAAGACGCUGGAUGGUGAGGACGAGGGGGACUUUAUCGACGUGUUGCUCUCCGUUCAACAAGAGUACGGCCUGACCAGAGAUAAUAUCAAGGCAAUACUGAUGGACACGUUCGAAGCUGGGACAGACACAACGUACAUAGCGCUCGACUACGCCAUGGCUGAGCUGAUGCAGAAUCCCCAAUCAAUGAACAAGCUGCAAGCUGCAAGCCGAGCUUCCACCAGGCUCCCCAAGCUUAUUACUAAGGACUUUUUGGGCAAGUUGGCCUUCCUUCCCAUUAAUCUGAAAGAGAGCGUGCGGACGCACCAGGGAGGUCCCGUUUUAAUUCCGUUUUUGUCCGUUCAAUCGGAAUGCAAUGUGGAGGGCUAUACCAUACCCUUCGGGACACGUGUAAUCGUCAACGCGUGGGCUCUAUGCAGGGACACCACCUACUGGGAGAGUGCAGAGGAGUUCAUGCCCGAGCGGUUCAUGGAAGAAGCCAUGGAUGCUGCUUCCGACUUCCGGGGGAACGACUUCUGUUUCUUGCUGUUUGGGUCUGGGCGAAGGAUGUGCCUGGGUAUAAACUUCACCACCGCCACUUUCGAAAUCAUUCUUGCCAACCUCAUCUACCACUUCAAUUGGGAGCUUCCGCCAGUGUUGACAGGCAUCGAAAUGUCAGAGUCGUAUGGGAUGGAUGUGCACCGUAAUGAGAAGCUUCUUCUUAUCUCUCGGAUGGCUCACGACGUCUAG